CGCAGAUUACUAUAAAUGCAUGAACAUGGAUGAUCGGACGAUCUCUCUCUUCAUUUGAUGCUAUGCUUCUCAGCACUAUGCGGGUAUCUAAAAGUAAAAGCAGUGGGGCCGAGCAAUAGCUGGCUCGGAUCCCAGUCUUUUCUGCAUGGGUUGACAUGUACUGGCAGGCAAGCUGUCCAGGUAGCAUGUCAGCAAGGCCGUGUGAAACCAGGCCUUAACUGGAUAUGCUCGGUGGCGUUCCGACCUCCGAUCGAUCGGCAUCGUCAAAAGGAUGCCAGUGGGCCAUGCAGCUUUUUGUCAGGGGCCCGAUGAUCGGUUGGGCAUGGCGUGACUGUCGGUUCCGCUCCGGUUGAAAGAGCGACGACAUGGGCCCAAGGUC